AUGGUGGCACCGAUCAAGAAUGUGGCCGUCAUCGGCGCAAGUGGAAAACUAGGCUCUCAAAUAGCCGCAGUUCUUCUCAAAGCGGGCUUCAACAUCACGGCGAUUCAGCGCACCGAAUCCAGCGCAUCCAUCCCCUCAGGCAUAAAGUCCGUCAAACUCGACAUGAACGACACCGAAGCCCUCACCGAAGCAUUCAAAGAACAAGAUGCAGUGAUCUGCACCGCACCUGACCCGAUCGUCUUUGCCAAUCAAAAACCUUGGAUCGACGCUGCCAUUGCUGCUGGGGUCAAACGGAUAUUCCCUUCCGAGUACAGCACCAAUCUAGACUCCCCGCUCGCCGAGGGCCUCCCUAUCGUCACUGAUAAAGUUCGCACCCGCCAGUACCUCAUUGAACAGACGUCAAAGACAGAUGGGAAAUCAAGUUGGUCUAGCAUUAACAACGGUCCCUUCUUCGAGCUUGUUCUCAGUUUCGGCGGCCUAGGCCCGGACUUCCGAGCCAAGACAGCCAACUACCACAAUGGCGGCGACAACUUGAUUGGGGUCACCAGGCUUCCGGAUAUUGCCGAGACAGUGGGGAAGAUCCUCAGCGACGAGAAGGGGCUGUACAAAGAGGCAGAGAAUAAGUCCGUGUACAUCCACUCAGCAGCCGUGAGCGAGAAGCAGUUGACCCAGAUUGCGGAAAAGGUCACUGGCCACACUUUUGAGACCAGAGAAUCGGACGUGGAGCUGCUCUAUCAGGAAGCCAAAGCCAAGUUUGAGAGCGGCGACAAGUCUGCCAUGAUGUUGUUUUACUACCAGAUGAUGUACGGCAAGGGCUAUGGUGGCAGCGAAAGCUUCCAGGAGAUGAGCUGGAACGAAAAGGUUGGUUUGACAACUCUGAGCGAGAAGGAGCUGGAGGAAAUUGUCUGGGACACUGCUAGGAACAUUGGUCUUGUUUAG